AUGCCUUCUAAACCACUCGCCGACCAUCCGAUCCAACCUAAGAAGGUGCACGGCGUGACCCGCGAUGACGCGCCGAUUGACGACUAUGAGAACGCCAUCCGAUCGAAGCAGCAAGAAGAAGAGCCCUCAGACAGGGGUGAAGACGCUCCGUCACAUUUUGGGACGUCUACGAGGCACAAGGGCGUACGCACUCGAUCCCAUGGCUCGGAGAAUCGAUCGACCACAGGGCGAGUCUGA